AUGGAUCAUGCAGAGAAGACUACCCAGUGCAGGAAGUUUGUGGCGGCCCUGCUGGCGUCCCGCCACUCCGCCGAGCUGCUCAGAUUCCCAGAGAGAUCCACAGAAAUCGGCAAACUUCUGAGCUCUUACCUGAAGAAGAAGAGCAACAUGGAAGACCACACAGUGCAUCUCCUUUUCUUUGCCAAACCGUUAGGAACAGAGAAUUUUUCGUUAGAGUGGUGUAAGCAGCCUGAUGUGGGACUCCCGAAGCCAGACCUGAUCCUCUUCCUUAAGCUGAGCUCCUGGGAAGCAGCAAAGCGGAGAGACUUUGGCAAAGAGCAUUACAAAAACAACGCUUUCCAGGAGAAAUACCUGCCGCGUUUCUACCAGCUCAUGAAAGAUGAUUCGUUAAACUGGAAGACCAUCAAUGCUUCUCAGAGCAUAGAAGAUUGA